GAGCGAGGACGUGCGGAGUGUGAGGAGGCAGUACUGAGAGGGGGUUUACCGCACUGACCAUGUUUCUGCUGGACACAGACACGCUGUUUUGCUCUAGCAGUCUUCUGGAGGCUGGGUCCGCGGUGAACGGGGGCGAGGAUGCGUCCGGUCAGUCUCCGGCGCACGUGGCGGCUUGCGGUGGGGAGGCCUUCUGUUUGCUGUGGCUGCUUCAAACCGGGGCUGAUCCCAACCAGCAGGACGCUUUUGGGGAAACUCCAGUGCAUAAAGCAGCCAGGGCAGGGAGUCUAGAGUGCAUCAGCGCUCUCGUGGCUAACUAUGCUCAACUUGAGAUCCGUAACAGCGAGGGCCUCACGGCGGAAGACGUGGCCUGGUCCGCGGGUCGCGAGCGCUGUGGGAGGGUCCUGCGAAUGCUACGGAACAACGUACAGACGCUCACCUCCACAGCACCGGGCCGCAAACGGGCGUGGGACCACACGAGCCUGGAUGCCGUAGAUGGGAAGAAAGCGAAGGACUGGUGAAGGAGGACGACGAGGCGGAGGAACUGGAAUUUCGUGGCAAUGAGGCCCAUUUCAGUCAGGCCUUUCUGCGCAUGUUAAAGGCAGAGUUUUGUCCAAAUCACUAACGUGCGAGGAAAUGAGCGGAAGGCAGCAGUACAGGAUAGCUUUGUUGAACAGUCCGUUUAAGGGUGAGAUGGUAAGCAGGUGUGAAUGUGUCUUCAGGACACAGUUGAGGCCUUUUUGGGCCCAAAAUACUGAUUAAGCCAGAUUAAGGGAGUCAAGUGCUGAACUAAUUUACCAAUGGAACCAAUGGAAAUAUUUCUUAGUGUUGGCUAAUGGUUUAAUCUGGAGCCCAGAAACCUGUAUUUAAAUUAGAGAUGGGCAUGGUAAUCGACUGACCAAGUACUUGUAACCACCUACUAGGCAGGGAAGCAUUUAUCAAAAUGUAUCUAUUAUCGCUGCUGUCGGAACAAAACCUCGUAUCUCCAAAACGGUAACUUUACAGGAGAAGCAAAAAUCAUACUCCACUUUUAGUGUAAGUCAAUGGAACCAGACGUUUUCAGAAGCAAUUGUGGGCCGUUUCUUUUGGUCUGCUCAUAAAAUUUACACCCAAUGUAAAGAACAACCAACGUUUUCAAAUUAGGUCAAAAACUGAAAAACGGCAAAAAUGGAGAUACAAGGUUUUGCAGUUGUGCUAGUGUUGCUUGGGUGACUUUCCCGUAAUCUUUCCAGCCAGACUUCUGGCUCUGAACAGCCCAAUGUUGUCACAUAAUGCAGGCAAAUUGGCCACAAAAUGAAACCUGAAAUUGACCUGAAAUUGACCUGAAAAUGCCCGUCGCUGGUUUAAAUCUACAGUAACGUCUGCAGUUGUAUCAGUGGAGCAGCUCUGUCCAGUUCAAUGCAAGUUCAAGUGGAGAUCAACAGCUGCUUCUCAGAUGAACGAGUAGAACUGUGAGACCAAACAACCUCAGCUUCAAAGCAGCCCUCUGAGGCCGUUACAUAAGACACCGUGCACUGGGACAGUGAAACAGUUGGUUCCAUCAGUUCUGAUUUCAGAUAAUGACAUCAUUGUCUGAAAUCCAAUCAGGUGGUGAAGUAACUUGAAUAGGGUAGGAGUAUAUAGAGUGUAGUGCCAUGCACUCUUUUAAAAAAGGGUUCUAUAGUAAAGAAAAUGGUUCUAUAUAGAACCAUGGACACUCAAGGAACCCUUUGCAUGAAUAAAAGGUUCUUCGCGUCAUGAAAGUGUUCUUCAGAUUGAUGGGG